GGCGGCGGCGCCGGAGCUGGGGCCGCGCCCCGCGCUGUCCAUGGCGCUGCCCGGGCCGCCCGAGGCCGCCCGCGGCGCGCCCCGCAAGGCGCCCAGCCUGCUGGAGAUGGGGGCGCUCUGCCUGGACUCGGACAUCAUCCUGGGCUUCACCAGCCACCUCCUGCGGCGGCGAGCCAAGGUAGCGCGGGGACCCGGGGCCCGGGAGCUGUCACCGCGCAACAGGCCGCCGGCCCGGCCCGAGCCCGCCCCGCGCGGGAGCCGCCCCGCGCCCGAGGGGGCCGGGGAGGCGGCCGGGGAGGCCCACGCGGCCGGCGGCGGGGGCUGGUGCCGCCACUGCCACGCGAAGCUGGGCGAGCUCAAGCGCCAGGCGUGGAGGCUGGUCAGCGCGCCCGGGACGCCCCUCCGGACGCCCUGCCUGCCGACACCUGCCUGCCACCCGGACGCCGAGCACUGCCCGCCCUGCGGCUCACGCCUGCACCCGCUCCAGGAGCCCGACGCGCCCGCGUGGAGCCGGGGCCUGGCCUGGCCGCCCGGGCACAGCCUGCAGGUGUCGGUGGUGCCCGCGGGCCUGGGCGGCGCCCUGAGCACCGUCACCUUCCAGGCGCCCCCCUGCCUGCGGGGCCUGCACGGCUCAGCCAGGGCCUGCCUGGCGGAGGCGGCGGUGGCCGCGGUGGCAGUGGCGGACACGGUCCGAGACCCCACGGCACGCGCUGACCGAGGGUCGGAGAUGUGGGGUCGCGGAGGGGCCUGCACGGCGGCCCUGGUCAGCCCCGCCUCGGGCUCUGCGGCCGGCACGUCCUUCUUCAUCAGGGCCGCCCAGAAGCUCAGCCUGGCCUCCAAGCGCAAGAAGCCAGCCCCGCCGCCGGCCCCUGCUGCCCGGAGCGCCCCCGCCUACCCCACGGACUUCAGCGGGGUCCUGCAGCUCUGGCCGCCCCCCGUGCCUCCCUGCUUGCUCAGAGCUGCCUCCAAGGCUAAGGAGAACCCGGGCCUGGCCGGGAAGGUGAAGGUCCUGCUGCGGGUCUGGCCAGCACAGGGGCCUGAGGCCUCGUCCUUCCUGAAGGUGGACCCGCGGAGGAAGCAGGUGACUCUGUACGACCCGGCCGCGGGGCCACCAGGCAGAGCGGGUCCCCGACGGGCCUCUGCAGCUGCGGCCCCCAAGAUGUUUGCCUUCGAUGCCGUGUUCCCCCAGGACUCCGAGCAGGCGGAGGUGUGCUCGGGCGCGGUGGCCGACGUCCUGCAGUGUGUGGUCAGCGGCGCCGACGGCUGCAUUUUCUCCUUCGGCCCCAGGAGCCUGGGCACGGCGCAUACCAUGAUCGGGAAGGACAGCUCCCCGCAGAGCCUGGGCGUGGUGCCCUGCGCCAUCUCCUGGCUCUUCCGGCUGCUGGAGGAGCGUCGGGAGCGCACGGGCACCCGCUUCUCCAUCCGCGUCUCAGCCGUCGAGGUGUGUGGCCGCGACGCCAGCCUGCGGGACCUGCUGGCCGAGGUGGCCCCGGGAGGCCUCCAGGACACCCAGCCCCCAGGCGUGUGUCUGCGGGAGGACCCCGCGUGCGGGGCGCAGACCCAGAGCGAGCUGCGGGCGCCCACGGCCGAGCAGGCAGCCUCCUACCUGGACGCGGCGCUGGCUGCCCGCGGGGCCGGCCGGGAGGACGCGGGGGCCGCACACCUGCUCUUCACGCUGCACGUGUACCAGUACCGCCUGGAGAAGUGUGGCAAGGGCGCGAUGUUGGGGGGCCGCAGCCGCCUGCACCUCAUCGACCUGGGCAGCCUCGAGCGGGGGCCCGACAGGGGUGGGGAGGGUCCUGGGGGGCCCCUGUGCCUGUCCCUGUCGGCCCUGGGCAGCGUCAUCCUAGCCCUGGUCAGCGGAGCCAAGCACGUGCCCUACAGGGAGCACCGGCUCACCAUGCUGCUGCGGGAGUCCCUGGCCACGCACAGUGGCCGCACCACCAUGAUCGCCCACGUGUCAGACUCGCCCGCCUGGCACGCAGAGACCCUGGGCACCGUCCAGCUGGCCGCCCGCAUCCACCGCCUGCGUAGGAAGAAGGCCAAGUGCGCGUCCAGCUCGUCGGGCGGGGACAGCUCCUGCGAGGAAGGCCGAGCGCGCCGCCCUCCCGCCCUGCGGCCGCCGCAGCCCCGCGCGCUGGCCCCAGAGCCCAGGCGACAGGGACCCGGGGACCCCGACUACUCGUCCAGCAGCGAGCAGUCCUGCGACACGGUCAUCUACGUGGGGCCCGAGGGGACGGUGCUGUCGGACCGGGAGCUCACGGACAACGAGGGUCCGCCCGACUUCGUGCCCAUCGUGCCGGCCCUGAGCCGCCGCCGGCCCUCGCAGGACCCGCGCGACGCCGACCACUUCCGCUGCGGCACCUUCGCGGAGCUGCAGGAGAGGCUGCAGGGCAUGCACGGGGACGCGGCCGGGGGCCCGGCGGGCCGGAGACCCUCGCCGCCCGCGGCCGGGGGCUCCCCGCGGGCCGCCUGCCCCGGCACCCCCCGCGGGGCCCCCAGGUGCGAGCCCCUCGCGGGGGACAAGGACUCGGGGCCUUCGGAGAGGCGCCCGCUGCCCGACCCGGCCCCGCCGCCCCCGCAGGAGCCCGGGGUGCGGGUGCCGCCCGUGGGACGGAGCGGGCAGGCCGGCCGCCCCUGCCCGGCCGCCCGUGGCCACCCCGCGGAGCACGGCCUGCUCACGGCCACGGUGACGCUGCAGCAGCCCGUGGUGCUGAACGGGGAGGACGAGCUGGUGUUCACGGUGGUGGAGGAGCUGCCGCUGGGCAGCCCCGGGCGCCGGGCCAGCCUGGCCAGCUUCGGCAGCGACUGCUCCCUGCAGGCCCUGGCCUCGGGCUCCCGGCCCGUGAGCAUCAUCAGCAGCGUCAACGACGAGUUUGACGCCUACACCGCGCGCAGCCACGCCUCCUCCGUCAGCUCGUGGCUCAGCGAGGUGGAGGCGGGGGUCAGCCCGGACCCCCUCAGCCCCGGCCCCCGGCGCGCCCCCACCCCGGAUGGCUCCCUGGAGGACAGCGGCUCGCGGGCCUCAGAGCGCGCCAGAGUGGACAGCCCGGGCCCGGCCCCUGGUUCUCGUCCUGGGGAGGGGGCCCUGCCCGCCCCCGCUCACAGCAGCCAGGGCCCCCCCAGCCCGUCUCCCCGGGGGGCUGUGUCCACCCGCACCCUCCACUCCAGCCUUCCCCGGAGAGCCCGGACUAGCUCGGCAGCCGUCCCCAGCCCGCCCAGCCCGGGGGGCCCCUUCGAGGACCCCUGGCUGCUCCGGGCUGAUGAGUGCGGGUCUCUCCCAGCGCCACCAGCCGGCCCAGCCCCCGUGGUGGCCAGUGCCCGGAGGCCGGUGGAAGGCGGGGACGGGGCUGCCAGGGCCUCCCGCGGCCUUGGGCCUGCCCAGCCCCCUCCUCUGCGGAGGGGGGCCACCACCUUGGGCGUGACCACGGCCACGGCCCCUGGCGGGGCUGCCGAGGCAGCAGCCUGCCCAGGCGGCUCGAAGGUGGUCGCCGGUGGUAAGAAGACUGUGGCCCCCAGGCCUGCUGCCUCCGCGCCUCCCGCCCCCCCUGUGCGCAAGUCCAGCCUGGAGCCCAGGGGCAGCCCAACACCAGCCCUGCCGCGGGCAGAGGAGAUGCGCGCCAGUGCCUGGGCUGAGCACUGCGGGCCCAGGGCCACGAGCAGCCUCAAGGGCCGGCCCGGGAGGGUGGACGCAGCCGGCCGGGCCCCAGUGCAGGGUUCUGUGGAGCGGAGUGAGGGGCCGGCGCCCGGCAAGGCCUCCCGUGAGGCUGCUGGGAGGCCAGCUCGGGCAGUGCCCAGGCUGGGGGUGCCUCCCACCAGCCCCACCGCUGCGUCUGGGCCUGCCUGCAGGGGCGGCGCUGCCAAAGGCGUGGGGGUCUGCAAGCCCCCAGCCGGUGCGGGCAAGGGCCGCAGCCUGGGGACCGGGGGCUCUCGGGCCCCGGCUGCCUCCGCGAAGCCGCCGCCCCCCGCGGCAGCCCGGACUCCCAUCGGCCCUGUGCAGAGCCCGCGGGUGUCGCCCCGCUCCGCGGCCAGCGUGGGGCCCAAGGCCGGCCGGGGCACCAUCAUGGGCACCAAGCAGGCCCUCCGGGCUGCCCACAGCCGCGUGCACGAGCUGGCGGCCAGCGGCGGCGCGUCCUGGGGCUCGGCCGACUCGGACAGCGGCAACGACAGCGGCGUGAUCGUGGGCGAGGAGCGGCCGGGCCCGGCGCUGCCCUCGCCCUACAGCACGGUCACGGCCCCGCGCCGGCCGCAGCGCUGCAGCAGCGGCCACGGCAGCGACACGAGCAGCGUGCUGAGCGGGGAGCUGCCCCCGGCCAUGGGCCGCACCGCGCUCUUCUACCAGAGCGGCGCCAGCAGCGGCUACGAGAGCGUGAUGCGCGACAGCGAGGCCACGGGCAGCGCCUCCUCGGCGCCCGACUCCCUGAGCGACAGCGGCGCCGCCUCCCCGGGCUCGCGCGCCCGCAGCCUCAAGUCCCCCAAGAGGCGGGCCGUGGGGCCACAGCGGCGCAGGCUGAUUCCCACCCCGCUGCCCGACACCUCUGCCCUGGGCCGCAAGCCAGGCCUCCCGGGGCAGUGGGUGGACCUGCCGCCCCCGCUGGCCGGCGUGCUUAAGGAGCCCUUUGAGAUCAAGGUGUAUGAGAUUGACGACGUGGAGCGUCUGCAGCGGCUCCGGCCGCCCCCCAGGGAGGACCCGGCCGAGCCCUCCCAGGACACGGAGAAGGGCCUGGUGUGUGCAAGCGUGAAGCUGCGGCUGGCUGAGCGCAGGCAGCAGAGGCUCCGGGAGGUCCUGGCCAAGCACGCGCUGCUCCGCGGGGAGCUGGCCGAGACCCAGGGCCGGCUGAUGCUGGAGCCUGGCCGUUGGCUGGAGCAGUUCGAGGUGGGCCCGGAGCUGGAGCGCGAGUCGGCGGAGCACCUGGCCGCCCUGGAGCGGGCCACCGCGGCCCUGGAGCGCUGCGUGAACCUGUGCAAGGCGCACGUCAUGAUGGUCACCUGCUUCGACAUCAGUGUCGCCAGCCCCGCAGCUGCCCCGGGGCCACAGGAGGUGGAUGUCUGAGCACCAGCGGUCACGGCAGAGGGCGCAGACAGAGCGUGGAUCUGGGUCCUGUGGGACAGACGCGUGACCACAGGAAGCCGGUGGCUGAGGACAUGCAAGUGCCUUUACGGACUGGGUGUGUCCCCGGCACUGGGCGCUGAGCACUGGGCCCGCCGGGUCCCGCCACGGGGACCCCCAUGUGGACCCAGCCGAGGGUCCCACACCAGUCUGGCUGAGGGGAACCUGUGUGUGGUCUGGCUGGGCCGUGGACGGGGCAGGUGGUCAGCCAUCCAUCCCCCUUUCUAGCAGUUCCCGGGUCUUGGGCACCCCCUGGCCAGAUUGCCAGGACUCAGGGGUCCCCAGGGCCACUGACCUGAUGUGCCGGGCAGCCCCUGGGCCAGCCAAGCACAGACCUCAGGGUGGGUCUCACCCAGACCACAGGAGCCGGGUCUCGAGGCUUCAUCCCUCUGGGGCCUAUUUUUCUACUGUUUCUGCAUCGGGUUUUAUGUUUUUACAUAAACAAAUGGUUUAUGUUUUUACUGUUUUUUAUGGACGCGACCCUGGGUGGUCCCCGGCCCACAUGCGCUGCCUCCGGCGUGUACAGCCUGUUUGUGAA